CUCUCCCCCCUCUCUCUCGCCUGCGUUUUUUACACACGUGACCACAGCUCCUCUCUCCAGUGUUUAUGGUCCGGGGGCCCACGCGCGGGUUGUGGCAGCGGGGGGGAACGGUGACCACGGCGAUUUCCCUCGGAGGGGUGGGGGGGGGAAACACGGAGACGACGUCCUCCCGAUUUUACGCUUUCCUUCCUUUCCCCGUUCCCCCGGAUUCAUCGUCUCCGGUUUUUAUCUGAAUUCACGGCGCUCCCCAGCUACUGGAGCGAGAGGCCAGAGCCGGAGGAGCCCCACGGCGGAGGAGGAGCCCCACGGCGGAGGAGGAGUCCCACGGCGGAGGAGGAGUCCCACGGCGGAGGAGGAGUCCGCGGAGGAGGAGGAGGUGAAUCUCUGGCGGCGGAGGAGUGCCCUGUAACCCCCCCGCCCGCCAGCCCCCCCCUGGCCCGGCGGGUGGCCAUGCAGCCCCACACGGCCGAGGUGGCGCGGCUGUACCAGACGGAGUUUGUGCGAAGCGCCCGGGCGGUGGGCGCCCUGUGGGCCAUCUGCACGCUGUGCUUCGCCAUCAUCGAGGUGGUCAUCCUCAUCCAGCCGUCCUGGGUCGGGACGCGGGAGCAGCGGUUCCAGGGCGGGGCGCGCCCCCCGCUGGCCGGCACCCUGGGCCUGUUCGAGGUGUGCCUGGAGUCGGACUGGCCCGUGCCGGAGUGCCGGGGGGGGCUGCGCACCCUCACCCCGCUGCCCGCCUUCCAGUCCCCCGCCGUGCUGGUGUGCAUCUCCCUGGCCAUGGUCUGGGUCAGCGUGGGCUGCCUCUGCCUCUUCCGCUUCUGCAACGCGGCCACCGUCUACAAGAUCUGCGCCUGGCUGCAGCUGACUGCUGGGUUCUGCCUGGCCCUGGCCUGCGUGCUCUUCCCUGACUCCUGGGAGUGCGCGGAGAUGCGGGCGCUGUGCGGGGAGCGCGUCAGCAGCUUCUCCCCGGGGAACUGCUCUGUGCACUGGGCCUUCGUGCUGGCCAUGCUGGGCGUGCUGGACGCCGCCAUCCUGGCCACGCUGGCCUUCGUGCUGGGGAACCGGCAGGACGCGCUGCUCCCCGAGGACGGCAAGGACGUAACUGGGUUGCUUUUAGCUGCGUAGGAGUCCUAUGACCUCAUCAGAGCUGUCUGUCAGUGAGAGAGAGGACGAUUCUCUCAUGACGACGCUGUUCUCUCUCUAACGGCGAGCGACAAGAAACAAACAUACUCCUCCCUACAUCAUCUCCAAGCAAGAUUCCGGUUAUGUAAUGAACAGUUGCCUGGCAACAGCUUCCCUGUUUCUCCCCCUUAGUGACGCGGGAGAGACAGGGAUUUUUUUUUUCCUUACUGCAUUUCACAUCUUGUCCCCUGCUGUGUAAAAAAACGGUUAAAUAGAAGGAGGGAGAGCUGGGGACAGGCGCGAGGUUGCCGUUCGGUUGCUGUGCUCUUAUCUUCAGUAGCUCGAGAGGAUCGUUCUGUUUGUUCUGUUUUUACAAGGCACCUGAGGUCAGCUUUCACUAAUAAGGCAAUAAAAAUACAACAGAGCAAUUCAAACACCGACAAAGCAGUAUGUGUCAGUUUUAUUCUAUUUUCAAAGACGGUGUUUUCCAUGUAUUUAUUGUGACAGAUCACCUCGUAAGCUACUUCAUACAGUGUAUUUCAAAGGGGCAAUGUGCAAUAUUCAACAUGAGAUUAUGAAAAUAACCCGCUGCACGCUGCACAGUAAAAAUGCCCAGUGCUAUUUCAACUCCGACAGAGUUUACAAGGCCGUAGUGGACUCGUAUGAACUCUGGAAGAGUUGAUUCAACACUGAGCAUUUUACUGCGUGGGAACAGAAAUGUAUCACGUCGACUUUGGGACUUGCAACGAUUUUUCUUUCACGCUGUUCCUCUUUCUGUGCAGAAAUAGCCUACUGAAUAACUGUGAAUAAGUUUAUGCGCUUUGUUUCAGAGCCCACCGGUCUCUCCGCACUGCAUUCUCUCAUUCUCAGCUCAUUUAAAUAUGCCUUUCCUAAACGUAGUCCCUUGUAUGUGAAUUCUGUAUGAUAAAUAGGUUUGUAUUAGCACGUGUUGAAGUUUUUAAUUGCAUGGGCUUCUUGCUGCUGCCUUGGUGUUUUAAGGUAUAUGUGCUUUAUAUCAUUAUCUAUAUCAUUAAACAUUAAGCUUCAGUAUGUUACAUUUGUGGUUAUAAUAAUAAUAAUUUUUAUUAUAUAAUGGUAACGAAUGAAAUUGUAAAAAUGGCGGUGUUUCGGAAGUACGAAUCAGCUGGUUCUGAGAGCCUGCCCAUGGAAUUCAAUCUCAGUGAGAGCCUGUGCAAUACUUUUCAUACGUAAAUGUGAGAAAGGAGGCUUGUGCGACAUUCAUGAACAUGUCAGUAGAUUUGAGAAUGGGGAAAUUCUUGAUGCCUGGAAAUCCAUUUUCCGCACAGCCCUCAUUAGCUACAUUUCCUAUUACAACGAAUACAUAUUAUUCAUAAAAAUGUAGACGAUUUCAUAGAAACACUAACAAUUUUCUAACUAAUUUUCUUUACAACUGGAAGUAUUAACCCUUUUAAGAUCAGGUUUUUUUUUUUUUUGAAUGCUUUUUCAAAAUUCUAAGUCAGUGUUCUAGAACUCCAGUUGUCAAUAGUGAUUGUGACAUCAUUAGAAUGUUCUGGUAAGAGCAUUCUAAUCAAGUAUUUGUGAUCCUGAUCCUUAAAGAGUAAAAGCAUAAAACCACUGUGGAAGCUUUGCAACUUGUCCAAAACAUACCAAGAACAUUUGUUUCCCUUGUUUUGGAAAGGUACGUGUUUUAGAUUUCACCGGGUAUGCCCUUCUGACUGUUAAUAUUAUUAUUGUAUAUGACUGUAAAGUAGCCAUUAAAACAGGCAAAAUAUUGCAUCUGAAAUUCAAGAUUUAUUUCUUGUUCUUUGUGUGAUGAUAGCAUGACUUCCUGUUCAAAGCAUGCUUGCAGUUUGAGGGAAUUUAUUUCACAUCAAUUAAUAACAGCAAUAAGUCAAAACACAAAUAUUUUGUCAGCAAUAUGUAAAGCAAGCUGGGCCUUAAAUUGCAACAGGAAACAAACAGCACAUUUUCCACAUAGAAAUUUAUUAUCGUAUACGGUUAUCCAGUCUGCAAAAAAUUCAGUUAAGCAACCGUGUUUUUGUACAAGAUCUCAGACUGCACAAAUAUCGAUAAAGCUACAAUAAUCGGAACCACUGCUUUUUUUCUUCUACAGUUACAGAAUAAAACGUGACCAACAAAAAUAUUGAGAUAUUGAAGUAGGACAAGGGAAAGCCUUAUGAUCCAGGGUAGGAUAUUCCACGUUGGCGCUCGCGCAAGCGAAGCAGAAGGGAGUUAGUCGCACUAUUGCUGAAAACGAUAAAGCGAGCUCGGGUUUGCAGUUGUGAUAUCCACGGGCCUGUUUUUGGGCUGUGCUAACGGCAGCUGCUAGCCCGGGAAAACGGAAUUAACUCUCUCUGUAUAACGGAGCGAUUUCUGGCCUCGAGUCCACAGUCACCACCUGAACACUGAGGGAUGCGCUCUCUUUCCUGUUUCCCCAGCUGUGUGUAUAGAUAUAUGGAUUAAUUGUCAUUAUUUUAUUGUCAAUAACGCCGAGGGCUGCUCAGAAGCUAUCGUCGGCUAAGGGCAUCAAAUGCUCUCUACAACGGGCUCGCGCUGCGGCUGUUAUACUUCCUCUAAGAAUGAAUGUGCCAUUCUGAUUGACGGUUAAUGGACAUCUUUUAUGGGUUUGAAAAUGAUACUUACAGUAUACGGUAUCUUGAUAUUGAUCGUACAUUUGUAGAUAUUUGGCGUUCCGUCAUGAACCACAUAUUUCCCUCUGCUUGCGCCUUCAUAGUGGUGCACAUGUCAUGAGACUAAACAGCCGCGGUGUUGACUUGCAAUGGGGUUUGGUACAGGUAAAAAAUAAAUACCUAAAUAUCUUUCGUCACAAAAAUAUCAUUACAUCUGUUGGCGGAAAUGUUGGUCCCUUAUGAAAAGGUGCUGCAAUAUCACCGGUGUGUAAGGUCAUCAUUUUGAAGGUGAACAUUCGUUUGUUUAUUGAAUACAGCUAAAAAGAAUACCAUCCAGCGGCAUUUGAAACCGCAAACUGCCGAAAUGCGAAUUGUUUGACAAGGAAGUUCCAUAGAUGUGUUUUCCUUCCCCCACUGGCUGUAGCUCGUAAGCGCUCCCAUCUAGACUAGACUAAGUGUUUAUAAAUUUUAAUAUAUAAAAAAAUAACUGGGCCCAAAUCCAACGACACUUUCACACAAAACACCUCAAUACACAGGUAGUUCAACUUUAGCACCUGGGAACGGUUAAGACUGACAGUUAACUGACAGCAGUUUCAGUCGCCCCUCCAUGUGAAAAUCAGUUUACCUCCAUACGAUUUCACUUUAAAAGGAUUGGAGUGAUAAAUGGCAAAAAAAUAAAU